AUGGAAAAGGAAGUGGAAAAAAAUAAGUCAAAAUUAGUGAAUCAGUACAAGAAGGAAAAACACAUUUUUGAGCGGAGGAAGGACUUCAAGGUCGUGGCUUUAAAAAAAAAUAGUGUUAACUGUUGGUUUGAAACAGGAAGUGAACAGUCGUCACCUGAUUUCCUCCUUUGUUCCUGUCAGGCCACCAGAGGGCGCUGUCACUGCAACGCCACCAAGUCAAAGAAACCCAUCAUGCUGCCGGUGACGUUCAUGGACGGCACGACCAAAACGCUGCUGACGGACUCGGCCACCACGGCCAACGAGCUCUGCAACGCCCUGUCUGACAAAAUCAACCUGCGGGACCGCUUCGGCUUCUCGCUCUACAUCGCGCUCUUUGACAAGGUCUCGUCUUUAGGCAGCGGGAACGACCACGUGAUGGACGCCGUGUCGCAGUGCGAGCAGUACGCGAAGGAGCAGGGAGCCCAGGAGAGGAACGCCCCCUGGAGGCUGUUCUUCAGGAAGGAGAUCUUCACGCCGUGGCACUGCCCCGCCGACGACCAGGUCGCCACCAACCUCAUCUACCAACAAACCGUCAGGGGCGUCAAGUUCGGAGAAUACCGCUGCGACAGGGUGACUGCUUUUUAUUUUACAUCCUGUCAGACUCUAAACUAGAGAGAAGCAGGACUCACAGUCGCCUACAUCAUCUCUGUCUGUCUUUUGUCUUAUUUAAGCUGAGCUUAACUGGUUAACUGUGGGCCAAAAGCCUGAGCAAACAGGUUUUAAGGGCUGAUUUGACAGAGUCCAGGGUAGGAGCGUUUCAGGUUUUACUCUUCAACCAUCGAUAUCAACAUUUCUACCUGUUGAAUAAUGAUGUUUUAUGGUGUGACAACACUGUGGUUCAGGUCUGGUUAGA